ACUGAAAUCGAAUAUAAUCAAAAAGUGGUCGUGGUUUGACGCGGACGGUCGUCAGUGAGGUAGAGUACGUUUGAGCGGCCAAGUGCAGCGAAAGUGAACCAAAUCAAAUAAAAAAGGACGACGUGUUGUCCCAUUAUCCUUAAAAUCGGCGAGGACGCGCCCCAAUGCGAGUGCUUCUGGUCCUGGUCGUCGCGGCGGCCGUCGUGUGCACGACCGACGCCAAAAGGAAGAGGAAGUUCGACGGGGACUUCGAGUUCGCAGAAGAGGAUGAGUCGAAAGCGGCCAAGUCAGGCGAGAAGAAACGGUGGAUACACGAUCCCUCCAGUGAUCUCUGCAGGCCAUUAAAUUGCAAAAAGAAGGAAAUCUGCUUGUUGGAAGAUUCAUUUACCGCGGUGUGCGUAUCGAGAAAAGAACUCAAAAAGAACGGUGACAUCGUUGUGCCUAAAUCGACCGUAAAAACUGAAGAGUCGAAGAAUGAAGACGAUGACGAUGAUGAUGUGUUUUACGACACGGAGGACGACCCCGAUGACACCGACGAGGAUUUAAACGACUCAGUAGUGUGUAAGCCGUGUCCGGUGGUCAAACCGACGUUCUUGUGCGGUUCUGAUAACAGGACUUACAGUUCCUUGUGUAGAUUAGAUUACCACAACUGCAUCCACCACACGUCGAUCAGAGUGACGUGCAAGGGAUUCUGUCCUUGUAAAGAAAAUGAGGCGCAUCUUCGGAAAAAGCAGCGACAAUCGGAACGAUUGAAUUCGUUCAUGAAUAAGUAUAAAGCCACUUUGGAUAAAAGUGGAACUGUUGGUGGAUCCAUUAAUGGCGCAAAGCCUGCGCAACCGUCUUCUAAAUCCGAUGUAUAUACAUUCACCCCACAAGACUUCAAAUACGAAAACAAACAUUACAAAUACAUAAAAUAUACAAAGUACAACAAGGACAAUAACAAUCUUUUAUACGCGGAGGAUAAGGACCGGCUUCGUGGCUAUAAUGAAGUUACCGACAACAAACUUUACAGUAACUCAAUUGGGGUACUUGACCCUGCGAUUUCUCCCUCGAAACAGUGUUCUCCAGCCGCACUCCAAGCAAUGGGUAAUCGCUUACUCGACUGGUUUUCUGUUGUUAUGGCAGAUUCGUCAAAACGGCGAAGGCCUCGGAACAAGUCGAAGGCUCAUUUUCCAUCCGCGUGUAAGGGCGAAGUGAGAUGGAUGUUCCAACACUUGGACGCCAAUUCCGACGCUAAACUCUCCUUGCAAGAACUCUACGACUUAGAGCACGACCAGAGCGAAGUGUGUUUGAAACCCUUCCUGCAACAAUGCGACAUCGAUCGAGACGUCAUAGUCACACCACUAGAAUGGUGUCGAUGUUUUCAACGAACGGAAAGGCCGUGUGCCGCCGUCAAGCGCAAAAUAACACCCGAACUUUUAGGGGUGUACGUGCCCGAUUGCGACAACCAGGGUUACUAUCGUCCGACGCAGUGCCACAGUGCCAUCGGCAUGUGCUGGUGCGUGGACAAACACGGCGUGGAGUUCGCCAACACCCGCACCCACGCGAAACCUAAUUGCGAGGCCCUAAUAAAUAAAUCAAACGGAGUGGCGAAGCAGACGAGCCCUGAAGACGCCAGUGACGACGAGGAUGGUGACGAUGUUGAGCAGGACAUCGAAGGGAGCGCAGACCAUCCUGGAGACUACUAAUUAGCGCCAUCUACACUAUUAUUGCCUCUUACUUUGACUUUUUUUAUGUGGCUUUUGUAUUUUUUAUAAUGUUAAACAAAGAACUUCCUAUAAGAGUCGGUGUAUAAUAUAAUGAAUGAUUUUGAUUUUUAUAUAGGAUACCUUGUCGCGGGUAAAGUGUAGUAGGCAAUAUUGUAUUGUUGCAUAUUAAGACUAAUAUUUUCUUACACAUUCCACAGUUGCCAUUGCUUUCGUUAAGGACUACACCCUUUUUCAUAUUAAUGUGCAUCGAAGUGGGCCUCCUGAAAAAUGAAAACCGGCCAUUAAAUUAAAGGUGCAUUUGGACUUCCGUAAUAUUACUAUGAAGAAGGGUGUAACAAUUGGUUAAAGAGUGACAGUACUUUUAUUUCUAAGUUUAGUUAAGUUUCUUAAAGUUUAUUGUUGUAAAUAACUAAGUGAUUUAUUUUAAAUACUCUCUCACCAGUUACGUUACUUAAUCAUUGUUCAGGUCAGCAUGUGUGUACGUUAUUUUACUGUGUUUCCGCUAUUAUCUUUAGGUAGAAAUAGUGAUCUGAUAUUCCACAGCUUCAUGUUUGUGCCGUCUGAAGCCAUACAUAAUACGCAUUUAUGUAUUAGAUAAUUACUAUUGUAAUAAUUGUUAAAUUUAGAAAUUAUUUAUGUGAUUUUGAUGUCCACUUUAAUUAAUUACUACUCUAGAUUAAUAUAUUUACGAAGCAUUAUUUUUCAUAGACUUAGACAAAUUAUAUUUAGAGUAAUUCCUUUGUAUGUAAACGAAUGGUACUAUGUACAUAAUGAAGGUACUAUUACGAACUGACAACCCGAUUUUUACUAUCAUUUUGCAGAAGUUAAUGCCAAUCUUGUUUAAAACUUUGGCAUUUUAUUUAUUACUUUAAAAGUCUAGUGUACAAAAACAUGUCUUGAGUUUAACUGACGGUGCACCUUUGUACAUCAAACAUGUUUUUGUUGUAUGUUUUCAACAUAUAUUUAAUAAAACUAGAGCUCA